GUACGCAGGUUCCGCCAGUUGAGUCCAGGAAAAGUUGAGACCGACGGCGCAGAGGAGAAGGCUGCAGGAGCCCCGCACCACUUGUUGCAGCCCGCCGAGAGAGAGCUACACUCCGGCGCCUUUUUAUACACACACAUACACACACACACACAGGCACACACAAACAAACGCACGGUGAAACCGUUUUUCCAACAACAGUGUGCGACGGCAUACCAUGACUCCAGCUCUCCCCAGAGAGUAGGCUCGAGUUGAAGUUGAGAGUUGAAAGCCGGCGGACCCUUUUGAGUUCCUAGCUCCCCGAGAUGAACAGUCCGCGGACUGUGCGCGUCCUCGCGGCGCUGUCGCUGCUCGUACUGUGCGUCGCCGUGCGGGAAGCCCGCUCUGCGGCGUGUCAUGGAUGUGUUGGAUCAAAGUGUGACUGCAGUGGAGUUAAAGGAGGCAAAGGUGAACGGGGGUUCCCAGGACUAACAGGUCAGCCCGGCGUUCCGGGUUUCCCAGGACCUGAGGGCCCGAUCGGCCCCCGCGGAGAGAAGGGAACUGAUGGGCCUUCAGGGCCAUUCGGUCCCAAAGGAAUAAGAGGACCUUCAGGAUUGCCUGGAUUCCCAGGAACCCCAGGAAUUCCUGGUCUGCCAGGGCAGGACGGACCACCAGGUCCGAGAGGAACGGCAGGUUGCAAUGGAACAAAGGGUGAGAGGGGAUUCCCGGGAAACACAGGCGUCGGAGGGCUGGAGGGGCGACCGGGGCCUCCUGGUUUGCCAGGAGCAAAGGGAGACCCAGGCGAUGUGAUUUCCACCAACCGCUUCGGAGAGAAGGGGACUUCGGGACUGCCGGGAAUACCGGGAGUACCUGGCAGUACCGGACCCACUGGUUUGCCGGGACCUUACGGCCCAUCUGGACCCAGAGGUUUCGAGGGUCGACCAGGUUCACCUGGACUUCCUGGACCUAAGGGAAACAUGGGGUUGAAUUUCCAAGGACCUAAAGGAGAUAAGGGGCUGCAGGGUUUGCCCGGCCCCCCCGGUCCCCCGGGUCAGGUGGGAGAGCAGAAGAAGCCCCCAGAGUCGGAGAUCCAGAGAGGAGAGAAGGGAGAACAAGGAUUGCCUGGUCAACCUGGAGAUACUGGAAAUCCCGGCACUCCCGGUCCUUCUGGCGGACAAAAGGGAGGGAAAGGGGAAGCUGGCGAGGCUGGUAAACGAGGCAAACCAGGCAAAGAUGGCGACCCGGGCUCCCCUGGCUUCCCCGGAGGCAAAGGAGAGUCUGGCAGCCCCGGGCUUCCUGGGCGGGACGGAGAUAGAGGCGGGAAGGGUGAUCGUGGAUUCCCUGGACCCCCCGGCCUGGUUAUCGGUGGAGAUACAUUUGGGAAGGUCGGGCCUAAAGGUGAACCCGGCUUUUCUGGGUCCAUCGGACACAAGGGAGAGAGAGGAACAGCAGGUUUGAAUGGACCACCAGGACAGCCCGGACUUCCAGGCGGCGGCGGCGGCGGCCAGCCAGGGACCCCAGGCUACCCCGGAGACAAGGGCAUGAAGGGCGAGGACGGUGUCCCCGGUGUGUCCCUGCCCGGGGCCCCAGGACGGGACGGCGGCCCGGGCCCCCAGGGUCUCAGCGGAGCCCCCGGGCUCCCAGGGUUCUCCAGCGGCGGAGGGAACUGUAUCGCCGGCGAGCCCGGUCUUCCCGGACAACAGGGAGAGAGGGGAUACCAGGGAGAGAACGGCAUCAGGGGUGAGAAGGGAGAGACCUGCGUGAACUGUGUGGGAGGCAGCAACCCCAUCGCUGGACCCCAAGGACCAGCCGGAGUGCCUGGCCGCCCAGGAUCGCCCGGAGGUCCAGGAAGCAAAGGAGACCGAGGAUUUCCUGGACAGCCCGGUACCGGUGGACCUGCCGGACCCCCUGGAUCUACGGGAGCCGCGGGCUACCCGGGAGAGAAGGGGGACCCCGGUGAUGCCGUCUCAGUGGGCGGAGUGCGUGGAGAGAAGGGGGACAGUGGGUUCCCCGGCCCCGGGGGCCUGCCCGGUCUGGACGGACGGCCCGGUCGCGACGGAUCCCCCGGACUGCCCGGCCCUAAAGGAGUGUCGGGCUCUCACCAGGUGAAAGGAGAGCGAGGUCCCCCCGGUGAACCGGGUCUGUCGGGCCAGCCAGGGGACAGGGGCUCCCCCGGGUCCCCAGGGUUCGGCCCCCAGGGCCCCCCAGGAGAGAAGGGCAUCCAGGGAGUCUCUGGCAGAUCUGGAGGCCACGGGUCCCCAGGAUCUAAGGGUGAACCAGGUGCGACUGUGGCGGAGAAGGGUCUGCCCGGACCACGAGGACAGGACGGAGACCCCGGCUCACCUGGACAGCCAGGCGGCCCAGGUGGCCCCGGACAGCCCGGGUUCCCAGGGACACCAGGAACUAAGGGGGACCCCGGACUCCCCGGUAUCGGUCUCCCAGGACCCCCCGGUGGCAAAGGAUUCCCAGGUACUCCCGGCCAGCCAGGGUCUCCUGGUGGCGGAGGAAGACCAGGCGUCGACGGACUCCCGGGACAGCCUGGGUUCCCAGGGGCCAAGGGUGACCCGGGCUUCGGGCUUCCCGGCCCCGCCGGUUCUCCUGGGUUCCCCGGGUCUAAGGGAAACCCCGGACCCAAGGGGGAUUCCGGUUUCCCUGGAAACCCAGGUUCUCCAGGACGAUCUGGCUUAGACGGCGGGCCCGGACACAAAGGGGACCCCGGUACUCCUGGCCAGCAGGGUCCUAGAGGCCCCCCAGGAUCAAUCAACCUUGGCUCUCAGGGGCCCCCGGGCCCCCCCGGACCCUCAGGCCUCAUGGGAUCCCCAGGAUUCCCGGGCUCCAACGGGGAAAAGGGAGACCCUGGCCCCCCAGGUCUGGACAGCACCGGUUUGCCAGGAGACAGAGGAUCCCCCGGCUUCCCUGGUUCUCCGGGACCUCUGGGAACCCCAGGACCCCCUGGAGGGCCCGGUCGCGACGGACUGCCUGGACUUCAAGGUGUCAAAGGAGACAUGGGACCAAUGGGAUCGCCAGGACCUUCAGGAGGACCCGGAGGUCCAGGGGGACCGGGCUUCCCCGGACCUAAAGGUGACGACGGUUUUUCCGGAAGGCCUGGGACCACUGGACCUUCAGGUGUGAAGGGAGAGAGAGGAGACCCCGGAGUACAAGGACCUCCUGGGACCAGCCUGCCCCCUCAAGCACUGAAGGGAGUCAAGGGAGAACCUGGCAUUCCAGGUUUAUCGGGCGCCUCUGGUCAGAAGGGAGUCGCCGGUGUACCAGGUGACCCUGGACUAUCCGGCACAGAUGGUCGCCCCGGGCUACCGGGACCCGCAGGUACCAAGGGAGAUUCUGGCAUUCCCGGCACCUCAGGUGGCCCCGGAGCUCCAGGACUGAAAGGAAGCAUGGGAGAGAUGGGAUUCCCAGGACCUUCGGGACAAAAGGGUGGGCCAGGUCAGCCCGGUCGUGGCGGACCCUCGGGACAGCCCGGCUCUCCAGGGUUCCCCGGAAGCAAGGGUGACCCCGGCUCCACUGGAUCGGGACCGCCAGGCAAUCCAGGAAUUAAGGGUGAUCCAGGCCAGCCUGGGUUCCCAGGAGGUCCAGGUCAGAAGGGGAACCCCGGUGGGCCAGGUCUCCCAGGGAUAACAGGGGGACCAGGCUCAAAGGGAGACCCCGGCCUCCCCGGCUUCCAAGGUUCUCCUGGUAUUACCGGUCCCAAAGGUCUGGACGGCGGUCCAGGUGGCCCUGGGGCCAAUGGGUCCCCAGGUAGACCCGGAGAGUCCGGUCGCUCCGGCGGCCCAGGGUUGCCAGGAGACAAGGGUCAGGCAGGUCGUGACGGAAUCCCCGGGCCAGCCGGCACCAAGGGAGAAGCAGGUCUUCCUGGUUAUGGUGGACCAGGAGCUCCCGGUAAUCCUGGAUUGCCAGGUUCGAAGGGAGACCUUGGUCUUCCCGGACCCUCUGGUAGUCCUGGGUUCCCAGGAUCCAAGGGAGACGGUGGCUUCCCCGGCCUCCCAGGACCCCAAGGCAACAUCGGACCCCCUGGGAGCCCUGGAUCAGCCCUUCAGGGCCCCAAGGGAGGCCGAGGUUCACCUGGACCCCCAGGACGAGGAGGUCCCCAAGGUCUGGCAGGCUCUCCUGGUCCGGAGGGUCCUCGUGGUCCGGGAGGCAGCGGUGGCGUCAAGGGAGAUAAGGGAAUUCCUGGCGUUCCCGGUCAACCCGGAUUCCCAGGAUCCAAGGGAGAGUCAGGCACCCCAGGAUUCCCGGGUUCGUCCGGCCAACCUGGUCCCUCAGGUCUCAAGGGAGACAUCGGUCUUCCCGGCGUUCCAGGUUUCCCUGGACCCAAGGGAGAUGGUGGCAUUCCUGGUUCCUCCGGUCAACCAGGAGAGCGUGGUGAUGUUGGACCCGAGGGACCCCAAGGAGACCCCGGUCAUGCGCCCACCAUCCCGGUGAAGGGAGCGCCGGGAGACCCCGGCCCUCCAGGGCUCAACGGAGGACGGGGAGCCCCCGGCCCCACUGGCCUUGAAGGACUCUCAGGCCCGCCAGGUAACCCAGGGGACCCCGGACCAGAGGGACCGCCAGGCUUCAGCGGCGUUCCCGGCAGGAAGGGAGACUCUGGACCAGCGGGACAACCAGGUCAGCGUGGUUACCCCGGCCCCCCCGGUUCCGACGGCCCCCAGGGUCAGCCCGGGACCCCUGGAACGGCUUCCACCGCCCACGGCUUCCUCAUCACCCGCCACAGCCAGGGCCAGGACGUCCCGUUCUGCCCCGACGGAACCAGCCUCAUCUACGACGGCUACUCCCUGCUGUACGUGCAGGGCAACGAGCGCGCUCACGGCCAGGACCUCGGUACGGCUGGCAGUUGUCUGAGGAGGUUCAGCACCAUGCCCUUCAUGUUCUGCAACAUCAACAACGUCUGUAACUUUGCCUCCCGCAACGACUACUCCUAUUGGCUGUCCACGCCUGAACCCAUGCCCAUGUCCAUGGACCCCAUCACUGGAGAGGGCAUCAAACCCUACAUCAGCAGGUGUUCGGUGUGCGAGGCUCCGGCCAUGACGAUUGCAGUUCACUCCCAGACGAUCCAGAUCCCCAGCUGCCCUGCCCACUGGGAGGCCCUGUGGAUCGGUUACUCCUUCAUGAUGCACACCAGUGCAGGAGCAGAGGGCUCCGGCCAGGCUCUGGCCUCCCCCGGCUCCUGCCUGGAGGAGUUCCGCAGCGCGCCGUUCAUCGAGUGCCACGGCCGGGGAACCUGCAACUACUUUGGCAACUCCUACAGCUUCUGGCUGGCCACCGUAGACACCAACGAGAUGUUCAGGAAGCCCCAGUCUGAGACUUUGAAGGCCGGAAAUCUGCGGACGCGCGUCAGUCGUUGUGUGGUCUGCAUGAAGAGGACGUAACGGAACACGGCGUCACACUAGACACGCCCCCUUUCCCUGGCCACAGCCCCUCUGACGACUACAAAAAUAAGCUGAUUGGUUAACGAGGAGUAAUGGGGAGGGGGGGCAAGGCUGGGUGGGUGGUGACCCAUUGUGUGUCACCCUAGUGACGAUGUUGGAUUCCAAUGGUGCAGUGUGGUUAUUAUUUUUUUCUGAGGAAAAAAACGAAAACUUAACUAAAUCUUAAACUUUGGUGCUACUGUGAGACACAGCAUAAACAAAAAAAAAAAUGCAAAUGACGGCCACAAAUCAAUCUAUAUUUAGUGGAUAUUUUUUUAUUUCUGAAAUAAAAGUACCGGUACCUCAAAUAACGCAGCACAAAAACCCACAGAACAAGGUGUCUGGAACCUUUCUGAGAAACUUAAGUGCUUUCACACUCCUCUCUUCUUCAUUAAAUGGAGAGAACCAAAUCCUUCUCUUCCUCUUUUCACGAAAAUCACCUUGUUCAAAUAUUUCACAAAAUGUUCCCCUUUCUCUCGUUCAUUCAUUUGCUAUUCUUCUUUCUUUUCAUUAUUUGACUAAGGAGUGGAUGCUUUUCACGGUCUCACAUCCGCACACUUUAAACUUCGGAACAUCCAAGAAUAAGAGAUGCACUGACGCUUAGCUCUUUCGUUGUAUCUUUUACAGCGUCUUAUUUUCUCUCUUUCUCCUCACCACUUUCUCUAACGCUCUCCCUCUCCCCCUCUGUCCGCUUCGCGCAGAUUUUUACAUUUCAUUUGAUGGUACUAACGAAAUACGUGGAUCACUUCACUAAUAACGCCCUAUGAUUUGCUUCCUCUUAUUUUUUGUAAGUAAUAUAAUGUGUAUAUUGUGUACAACACCUUUUUACUGUAGUAUUUUAGGUCGGAAUCGGUACUAGGUAUUUGUGAUAAAAAAAAAUAGAUUCUGGGUAUUCUUAUUUUUUAGCUUGCUCGCUCAUGCGCUCUCCCGCUCACUUUCAUAACACACAAACACACUCGCAUGCAAACACACACACAUGCAGAACCCAAUCAUUGGCAUCUGCUCAUGAACAGUGACUCAAAAGUUGUACAAAGUGAGGUGCUUACAAAUGAAACGGUAUUUUAUAUAGAAAUGAACUAAAUAUAUAUUUGAAAGGUAUAUUGACUUUAUUUGGCAGUUAUGACACGGCCGAUCACUUACGAAACCACAAAAAGCUAGACUUGAGGCAUAUAGUUGUCAGAGUCUUCAGAAUCACUAUGGGAGCUUUUUCUUUCUAAAAAUGUAGGCUUACUCUGAUUGUGAGGACCGAUCGAGGGAGACUCCAAAACGUAUUGGUAAUCUAGAUACCAGUUCUUCCAAACGGUUUUGGGGGUCGUCCCCACUAACGUGUAGCAGUUUCUUCAAACCCAGGUCUUGCUUUCCAAACCACUCUAAUGGAAAAUAAAUCAUAUAUAUAUGCCCCCCCCCCCCCCUCCACACACACAAACACACACACACACCCUCAAAACCUACUGUGUGAUCCAGUUGAAUCUGGUUUGAAACUGUAUUCCGUAUGUAAAUGUUCCCUAGGUGAUUGGCUCCUCCCUGAUACAAUGUGUAGGACACCAGUUGUACUGUAGGCGGGGGAGGGGGGUGAAGGGUCUGGGAGGGGGUGAUAUUAACCUGUGAUUUUUUUUCUUUUCAAAACCACUUUAUGAAAUUUCUAAUUUUGUCACCCUUGGGUGUGAUAAAAAAAGUGUACUACAUUUUUUCUGUUUUUAUUUUUAUUUUGGUCUCGUUUUCUUUUCUUUUUGUUAAUUUUUUUCAUGUUUCAUGUUAUCCAGAAGUUGUUAUAAACUUUAAAGACUGAAAUAAACACUAUGUCUGACGACUUGUGCUGUCUGACGACUUGUGCUGUCUGACUCAA